AUGAAUGAUGAGACGACCUCCUUGCUCACUGAGCAUUUCAGUUACACACCCCUAUCUCUUAUAGACGACAUUAUCAAUUCGAUCAACAAUUUGAUUUACCAAGCCAUCUCGAGCUUGGAAGCUGGACUGCUCAAUACUCCCCCGGAACGGCUUGGCUUCUCCCAUGACAGCAGCGGUCCCAGCAUCGCGGAAACAGACGAGGACGGCAAUGUGGUUUAUCCCGAGGCGAAGCUAGAGAUCGAGAAUGGAUUGCAUCAGCUCGAGACGUUGCUUGAGGCCAAUGUCGAUAAGGCCUUCGACAAGUUCGAGAUCUAUGUGCUGCGCAAUAUUCUCACGGUGCCUGGCGAUUUGCUCUCCUGGGUGCGGUUGAAGCAUUACGAGGGUCUCUCCUUCGAAUCCUCACCGGACACGCCGACACCGGAAACCAUCCACGCGCAACGCAAGAAAUUGUUCGAGACGAAGAAACUGAACCGGUCGCUCAAAGAGGAACGCGCCCGAAACGAUGCAGUCAUCUCACAAUUGCAAUCUAUCCUGUCAACAGUCAAGACGGCGAAGGUGAAUGGCGUGCCCGUGGCGACCGAAAACAAGCCACUGGAUUUGUCCUUCUUGACAUCCAACCCAGCCGCACGCCAGCUUCGUGUCGGCGUCGAUGCUGGGCCAAAUGCCAAACCCACGCCUCUCACGACGAACACCACUUUCAUUCUCUCGCAGCUACCCGCGCUGCAGACGACACUCGAACAGCUCCGGCCGAAAUUGGCAUCCCUGCCCAAUGCAACGGUGCCAAUGGAGACCAAGUCGAAGCGCGACGAGAGGAAGGAAUACAUUGAGAGCAGGAUUCGACUACAUCUCGAGCGAGCCGGUCAGCUUGCUAUGGGUGACGACGGUAACCCAGUCGUCGCAGGCCGCAGAAUCGACAUUAGAGAGGCUCAUGCCCUGGAGAGCGUGGCCAACAUGCUUACGCAAGACAAGUCUGUGUAA